AUGAAUGAUAAUAAAGCACCAUGCAAUCGCUGUAAAGCUCGCGGGCUGCCAUGCACGGUCAACAAGAGCUUGCAGAUGCUCUUGGAGAACGAUGUGUCAUGGAAGGAAAAGAUGGAGGGGCGGAUGGGUCAGCUUGAGCAGGCUCUCAGACAGAGUACCAAUCAGCCCUCUACCGUUCCUUCAUUCAGUGUCAAUUCCUCGGGACCAUCACAGGGGUCUGCCGGUCUUGAAGCAGACAGAUCCAGCAUUGCACCUCCUACACCUUGGGUAAUAUCCAGCAACGUCACAUUGAAUCUGUCCUGUAGUCUGGGAGCUUUUCCAGCGUCGUCAAUGAUUAGUCUCACACUGACUGAUGCUGGGGGACACUCAGGACAGACUUCCGAUCUGGUUUCGUGUGGACUGAUCCCGCACAAUGAGGCCGAAGAUUUUUUUGCAUUCUACAAACAGAAUCUAAAUCCUUGUAUCCACCAUAUCCUUACAGAAAGCGACACAUUUCCAAUCAUACGAGCAAGGUCUCCACUCUUACUUGCCGCAAUCUGCACAGUAUCUGCUUUAUGCACUGGCUCGAAACACUAUGCGCCUAUACUCAAAUACUUCACAACUCAAGUCUCUGGAAAAGUAUUCUCAAGUAGGCACACAUUUGACGAUGUGCGUGCUCUCUGCAUUGGCGCUCUCUGGCUCAAUGAGGUCUCGACAGCACUGAACAGUCUAGGUACGUCCCUCUACUUCACUCCGUUCCUAUCCCCAAGUAUAUCAUCACGUCUCUAA